UAUUUAUUUCCAAGUAAACCUAUGAAUUCUCAUUAGACGCAUUAUUUAUUCAGUGUCGCGAUGUGGUAUUGCGCUGUGGCCGGAUGUCCUUCCGUGUUCAAGAGUACGAUUAACCCAAAGAAUACGAUACCGUUCCACGUAUUCCCGCACCCCAUACGGGAGAUUGAGCGGUUCCGCCAAUGGCUGGCCGUUAUCAGCAACUCGAAGCUGCAUAAGAUGGAUCCGAUCCUGGUGUUCAAAAGUAUGCGGGUUUGUCGGCGGCAUUUUGGUUCGGACUGUUUCAACGGUGAAUGUCGACGGCUGCUUCCGUCCGCCGUACCAUCGCUUCACUUAAGGCCAGUGGCGCUGGUGCAACCAAUGGACACGGUAGGACACGAUGAUCCGAAACAACCCGAACGGAAGCUGCAGUUGAAACGCCCCAACGCAGACGACACACCAGUAGGAGGCUUGGACGGGACAAACAAAAGACCCCGGCUUGGCAGUUCGCUACUAUUGUGCGAUCCGGAAGAUGCACAGUGCCCCGCGGGAGACGAGUUCGUCAACGAUAUCAUCGAGUUUAAUGAGGAGUACAUGGAGGAAGAAGAAUACGAGGAAAGCCACUCGUUGGCCAGUGAUUCCAAGGUUUCAUCCGUGUGUGAUGCUGAGUUCGGUUUGACUAGCUUUAGUGGCCUCAUUAACAGUGAUCUGGCCGGACUGAAUCAGGUGGAAAUUCUCAACGAACCGCCCGAGACGCUGCUGAACGAUUCCUGUGCGACUGAGGUACCCGUCCUGAAAGGUUACGAGCAACUGGUGCGAGAAUUUGUUGCUCAUGACGGCAGCAACGAGGAGGAUCAGUUCAAUUCAGAUGUGGUGGAAGGAGCUACAGCGAAGAAUGUGAUAAACCACGAUAAACCAGAUGGGGCGUUCGAAAAGGCACCACUGAAUGAGGAGUUCUUCCAGAAGUGUCGUACCGAUUUCUACGACUGUCCGAAAAAUGUGCUCGCCCAGAACGUCUGCACCCGGAUAGAUCCGUUCGAUGCGUGUCUGUCACGGAAGUCGCUUGAAAAUACCCAGCAUGUCUUUACGUACAAGAUCGAAAACGAGGGCAAACCGUUGACGAAUCAGAAAAGUUCCGGACGUUGCUGGCUGUUUGCUGCCCUGAACUGCAUUCGCAUACCGUUCAUCAAGCAGUACAAUCUGGAUGAGUUCGAGUUCUCACAGGCGUACCUUUUCUACUGGGACAAGAUCGAGCGCGCACACUACUUUCUGAACAAUGUGAUCGACACGGCGAAGCGGGGCGAGCCGGUCGAUGGUCGGUUAAUGUCGUUUCUACUGAACGAUCCGACUUGCGACGGUGGCCAGUGGGACAUGCUCGUAAACUUGAUCAACAAGCACGGUUUGGUACCGAAAAAGUGCUUCCCGGAGAGCUAUAGCUGCGAGGCGAGCACUCGCAUGAAUUCGGUCGUCAAGAGCAAGCUGCGAGAGUAUGCGAAAGAUCUUCGAAAGCUCGUUGAAGAUGGGGCCACCGACGACGAGUUGGCGGAAAAGAUCAAACAGCAGAUGGGCGAAAUCUACAACGUUGUCGGCAUUUGCCUGGGUAUUCCAUCCGAGAAGUUCACCUGGGAGUAUUAUGAUAAGUCGAAAAAGUAUCUCAGCAUUGGACCGAUUCGACCGAUCGAUUUCUACGAGAAGUACGUCAAGCCGUACUAUAACGUCGACGAUAAGGUUUGUCUGGUAACGGACCCUCGUAGCUCGAAUUCGUACGGACGCUCGUACACGGUCGACUGUAUGGGGAACGUGGUCGGAGGGCGCCCGAUACUGUACAACAAUCAGCCAGUCGAGCUGCUGCUGGAUCUGGUGACAAAAGCGCUAAAGUUUGGCGAAGCCGUCUGGUUCGGGUGCGAGAUUAACAAGCGCUUCGCCGGCAAGCAGGGCAUCGAGGAUUUGGAUAUACACGACUUUAAACUAGUCUUCGGUGUGGACAUUCAAACCACGAUGGAUAAAGCCGAUCGGUUGCUGUACGGCGAUUCGAUGAUGACCCACGCCAUGGUAUUUACCGGUGUGUCGGUGGAUCCCAACAGUCAAAAUCCGACCAAGUUCCGCGUGGAAAAUUCGUGGGGUGAAGAUCGCGGAGAGAAGGGUUACCUAAUAAUGACGGCCGAAUGGUUCAAGGAGUUCGUCUUCGAGGUGGUCGUCGACCGCAGCAUAGUGAGCCAGGACGUGCUGGACGUGUUUGAUCUCCCGCCCACAGUGCUGCCCGCAUGGGAUCCAAUGGGAACGCUCGCGAAAUAGAUUGGCGAACGUCGGUGUAGUUCGCUGAGAAACAAAACUACAAACGAAAAAUAAGGGGAUCCGGUUACCCCCAUACUUUUGGCGUGCGCGUGUGUGUUUGGCUCGUUUAAUAUUAUUUAGUAUCAUUGUUUGCACUACACCAGAAUACAUCCGCAUCAGUUGACGGAUGAACUAUGCUUUUGGUACGCAAAGCUACUUUUUGCUGCAUAGCAACGGCGGGACCGUGACGGUAGACGCACUGGGGAUCCCUCGAAACCCACAUUGCCGUGCCAUCCGUGGUUGACUCGCUGUUGAUGACUGCCGAUCAACUGUUCUCACUCUAAAAUCGAAAAACUCGGAUACAUGCACUGGGAAUGCAACGAAUCAAAUGAUAAAGUACACAGAAAAUACGGAACAACUGCAUAGUGGUAUGAAAAAAACUUAACGGUAAAUAAUAAUAACAAGAAAUAUUACUUUUGUAAAACAACAAAGUC